ACACGUCGUCACGUUACGUCACGUCACGUCGCAGCUCCACCGAUGCUAACCGCUGUGAGCUAACGCUUAGAUCAGCUUGUCGCUCGGUCUGCUGGCGUCCGUGUAACUUCUGUGUCCUGAGGAGAAGCUGAGACAAGUCAAGGGUUUCCCGUCGUGGAGCUGGAGACGUUCAUUAAGCCGAGAUGGGCUCCGUGUUCCGCAGUGAGGAGCUGUGUUUGGCCCAGUUGUUCCUGCAGUCCGGGGCGGAUUAUGAGUGUAUUAGUGAACUCGGGGAGCUCGGGCUGGUGGAGUUUAGAGAUUUGAACCCGAGCGUCAACGCCUUCCAGCGCAAAUUCGUGAACGAGAUCAAGAGAUCAGAGGAAAUGGAGAGGAUUCUCGGAUAUCUUCUGAGAGAGAUCAAGAAAGCCGACAUUGCUCUGCCUGAGGACGAGGUGAACCCUGUGGCCCCGCUGCCCAAACAUGUGAUGGGAAUUAUGGAGCAGCUUCAGCGGCUGGAGCUGGAGCUCAGUGAGGUCAUGAGAAAUAAAGAGAAGCUGCAGAAGAAUCUUCUGGAACUGAUCGAGUAUUCACACAUGCUGCGCAUCACACGCAACUUCGUCCACCACACCGCUGAGAGAGAGCCGGUGCGGGCUCAAUAUGAAGAGUUUCCUUUCCUUGCGAAAGACUCAGCGAUGGAUUACGCCAGCAUGCAGAGACUCGGGGCGAAGCUUGGGUUUAUCUCGGGUCUGAUCUCCACCGUGAAGCUCGAGGCGUUCGAGCGCAUGCUGUGGCGAGUGUGUAAAGGCUACACCAUCCUGAGCUACGCCGAGAUCCAGGAGUGUCUGGAGGACCCCAGCACGGGCGAGUCCACCAGAAGUGCCGUCUUCCUCAUCUCCUACUGGGGCGAUCAGAUCGGACAGAAAGUGAAGAAGAUCUGCGACUGUUACCACUGCCACCUGUACCCGUACCCUAACAGUAACGAGGAGAGGGACGACGUGGUCGAGGGUCUCCGCACGCGCAUCCAGGAUCUGCACACCGUUCUGCACCGGACAGAGGAGUACCUGAGGCAGGUGCUGAACAAAGCCUCGGAGUCUGUGUACACCUGGGUGAUCCAGGUGAAGAAGAUGAAGGCCAUCUACCACAUCCUCAACCUGUGCAGCUUUGAUGUCACCAACAAGUGCCUGAUCGCGGAGGUGUGGUGCCCCGUGAACGACCUGCCUGCCCUGCGGAGGGCGCUAGAGGAAGGCUCAAGAAAAAGUGGGGCAACGGUUCCUUCGUUCGUCAACCGAAUUCCCUGUAACGACACUCCACCCACACUCAUAAGGACCAAUAAGUUCACCGCCGGAUUUCAAAAUAUAGUGGAUGCCUAUGGAGUGGGCUGCUACAGGGAGGUGAACCCAGCUCCGUACACCAUCAUAACGUUCCCCUUCCUGUUUGCCGUGAUGUUCGGAGACCUCGGCCAUGGCCUCAUCAUGUCCUUCUUCGCCUUCUGGAUGGUUCUGUACGAGCGGGACCGUAAGCUGAAGAAAUCCAGGAACGAGCUCUGGAACACGUUUUUUGAGGGACGCUACAUCAUCCUGUUGAUGGGGGUUUUCUCAGUGUACACCGGAUUCAUCUAUAACGACUGUUUCUCCAAGUCGCUGAACCUGUUCGGCUCCGGGUGGAACGUCAGAGCCAUGUUCACCCAGGGGCACUGGCAGAUGAACAUGCUACACACCAACAGCUUCCUUGCACUUGACCCGAACGUUACUGGGGUCUUUAAUGGGCCGUACCCCUUUGGCAUCGACCCGAUUUGGAACCUGGCAUCAAACCGGCUCACGUUCCUGAACUCCUAUAAGAUGAAAAUGUCUGUGAUUUUGGGGAUUGUUCACAUGUCCUUCGGUGUCGUCCUGAGCGUCUUUAACCACCUACACUUCAGGAGGAAGUUCAACCUCUACCUGGUCUUCCUGCCUGAGCUGCUUUUUCUGCUCUGCCUCUUUGGCUACCUGGUCUUCAUGAUCGUCUACAAGUGGUUGGCUUUCACGGCACGAGACUCCCAGCGAGCUCCCAGCAUCCUCAUCCACUUCAUCAACAUGUUCCUCAUGCAGGGAGGCGCGGGACAGCCGCUGUACACGGGGCAGACGGGACUUCAGGUGUUCCUGUUACUCGUGGCUCUUCUCAGUGUUCCUGUGCUGCUGCUGGGGAAGCCGCUUUACCUCUACUGGCUCCAUAAGGGCAGGAAUCGAUUAAGCAUGUACAGGGGAUAUGAGCGUGUACGACGCAGCAGCGAUGAGGAGAUCUCCCUCAUGCGUGCCAAUGAUUUAGAGGAAGGAACCAGCCUGGACAGUCACUCCAGCAGUUCAGACAGCCAAUCAGAAGAGUUUGAUUUUGCCGACGUGCUCCUGCACCAGUCGAUACACACUAUUGAACAUUGCCUGGGCUGCAUCUCCAACACCGCAUCCUACCUACGGCUGUGGGCCCUCAGUCUGGCACACGCACAGUUGUCAGAGGUGCUGUGGGCGAUGGUGAUGCGUGUGGGGCUGCGUGUGGACAACAGCGUCGGAGUUCUGUUCCUCGUCCCCGUCUUCGGCUUCUUUGCCGUCCUGACCGUCUCCAUCCUGCUGGUGAUGGAGGGACUGUCCGCUUUCCUGCACGCGCUGCGUCUCCACUGGGUGGAGUUUCAGAAUAAAUUCUACAGCGGUGCUGGAACUAAGUUUUCUCCGUUUUCCUUCUCCCUCCUGCACACGAGCUUCGAGAGCGAAGGAUUGCUCUGAACACUGAGACUCACUCGUUCUGUAGGACUGGAGCUUUACCUGAAGUGCCAGAGUGAUCCGGAACAGAUGGAGCCUCGAUACUGUAUACUGUAUUUCCUCCUUUUAAUGUAUGUAUAUACGGAGUGUUGCACUGACUGCCUUAAAGGUCCAGGCAAAUACUGAGACUGUGAACAACGUUCCUUCACGUAGGACGUUCAUUUUAUUCACCUCCUCCUAACGUCACUCGGCUCUUGGGCCGCUUGAGGUUUUUUCCGGCUGUCAAACAAUUUUGGGGACAAAACAAAACAUUAAACUCACUUUUACAAAUCAGCAAUACACUGAUUGUAGCUGUUUAGCUAAGCAGCACAAGCUAUAGCUAAGGUCACAUACAAUCAUCUCUAAAUAGUGAGAAUCAUCAUUUAAAUCAUAUUCUGUUAAAUUAUUUUGCCACAUAGUGCUUUAUUUACCGGAUACAGACACAGAAGGACUUGUUUAUGCUUCUUUUUAUAAAUUAAACACUUUUGCGUGCUUCAGUCUAGAAGCCUGGAAUUUUAUUUUGAAGCUCCGACGUCGGAGGUGUCCGAGGCGCACACUGAUGGCAGUGAUUGUGUGUGAGAGAUACACCAGGAAAGACAAAACUACAUUAACUUCCUAUCGCUCACAUUCUACACCGAAGUCUUGUACAACAAAAGGCACAGAUUGAACAGAUUUCAGCAGCUUGCACAUUUAUUUUAGAGCAAAGGAAAAAGCGUUUCUGUUCGAACUUUACACGUGCUGUUCAAGUCUAAUGUGGGAAAUUUAUUUCAGGCCUGAAGGCAAACACAGGAUAUUCACACUGUUUGAAUAGUGUGUACAGAAGUGAGUUUACAGAAAAUAAGGCAUACGGUAGCGAAUUACAGAGUUAAACAUGGUUUGUUAGCAUCUACAGUACAUAGUCAUUACAGACAAUGUAAAGAAAGUGAUGGUGAAAUCGAUAAAAAAAAUGUUCAGAACAUCAACGUUUCUCUCAGAUAUGCGGAUAAUUUGCUGAGAAACGACUCCUUUUUACUUUCCGUAAUUAGCAUUAACCGCUAACCGAGCUCGACAUGGGAAAGUUUUCUAACCCCGUAUUUGACCCAUGUGGACUUCUGCGUAUUCAACGGAGGUGCGUCGUGCGUUUACGUUCCUGUGACGGGAAGUUAUAAGAACACUGUUGCUAAGCAACCGGAUGAUACGGGUACCUCGUUUAAGCCGUUGAACGUUUAGCUAACGUUUAAGUAGAAGACGAGCUCUUUCGCGUGGACAUGGAGGUGUAGAGACAUGUUCCUCAUGCGUGCUUUAAGCUUUAAAGGUUUUAUGUAUUCCGAAACUUACACUUUAAUUACACUUACCACGGAGCGCUAAGAUAAUCGAUACGUAUGCGUUUAAUGUGCAAAUACGUCCGUGUUCUGUUAGCGCUCGAUCCUGAGUGUCGUUACAGGGUUAUUAUUCAACAUUGUUCCACAUUUUUUCAGCAUAGAUACGGUUAUGAAUAGUUUAUAAAAUUAUUCUUUCAGAUAUAACGUAAUCUUGCGUUUACAGUUAAUGCAACAACGUUUAAUGAAAAGGUUCCAGCAGAAGCUUAUUGCGGUUUGGUUAGCUGUCAGAGCUAAAAGUCAUUUUCCUCAUGUUAAGAUUUCUCUUUUUGGUCAUUUAUAAUCAUAUUUGAGGACAAUAUUGAAGUUCCGGGGUUUUUUUUUUUUUUUUUUUUUUUUUUUUCUUGUUCGUUUUUACGAUCACAUUGUCUUUACGUCGUCAUGGUGCUUUUAUAUGCUAGCAUGCACGAUUAUUAGAUAUAGUUGGAAAUGUUUAGCUACAGUUGCUUAGCAACAGUGUUCUCACAUCAGCGAGACUUUGGUGUUUUUUUAUGUUUGCCUUUCCAUGUUGAAAUUCCAACCUAACGCACCGCACGUCGCUGUGAUUCUGAAUUUUAUUUUCAUCACACGUUGCCUGUUUGUUUGAGACAAACCGCACAUCAGGAAGUGGCUUUAAGAGACACAAGUGUAUUUUUUUAUACGUGUUUUCCUGCAUCUUUCCCUAAGUAUUAGGGAUUCAGGGACAUGUUGGUACAGUUUUGGUGUCGGACACCACUCAUGUUUCCUCUGAUAGAAAAAAAAUGCUUUAUUCAAAUGUUUUAUGACUAGCAUCGUUUUUCUAAGACUUGCUGUUUUUAAGGUAAAACACUAAAAACUCACGGCCGAGUCCAUUAGCUUUACUACGUCCUGAUGCUAACUGUAGUAUUUGUUUGUCAACCAUAGUAGAGCUUUAAACAUGAAACUUCAGGAGUUUAAAUUAAACCACACUUUUUUUUUACCUUUUCUUUAUUCCGCAGUGAAGCAGAUCGUCUUCUGAAUUUUUUUCUGGUUCCUGAAGUAUUAAUCCAAAAGUAAUAACCAGCUCGUCUUUUCUGUCUUCUGGCCCGAUUCUGUUCAACUCCUUUUCGUUAGUGUGUGAAUUUCACUCCUUUAUUCAUUCCACUCACAGAUUUUAGUUAAUUUAUUGAAUGUAAUAAAUCUGGGUUGAUCGUGUAGUUGAUGUUAUUUGGAAGCUGUUCUAUUCCUGUCUAUGGAUUUGGAUUUUGUUUGUUUUCUUCUUCUUUUUUUUUAUAAUCAGAACAAAUGUGUUGAUAAAUUUAUUGAUAUUGAAAAUAUGUUUUAUUUUCCGUAAAUCUUUGAGAUUGAUUGAAUGAUCAGAAUCAGGUUGAAAUGGACUUUUGUUUUGUGCAAAAUUAAAAUCUCAGAAAUCUUCAUUUCUGCAGUAGAAUGUGUCAUUAAUAAGAUUUAUAUACAAUUGGGACAAUGUGAUCUGUAUGACUUCCGACGAAGGGAAAGCGCUUCGUUCAGGGUCAGUGUGAAGACGGGAUGUGGUGUUUCAGCAGAAAAACGCUUUCAGAUUAUAAAUAAAUUAAAAAACAAUGGUAUAAAAAACA